AUGCGUUCUGCGACGGCGCUCCUGGCGCUGUUUUUCAUGACGUCGACAGGUUUCGGUUGUUACAAAUGGAAGUAGUUUAUUUUUUCUUGUAGUCAUUUGUCACGAAGUGAACACCUUCGACCCAGAAUACGGCGUUUUCCUUGGUGACCUCUCAAAUAACGGCGUGGAUGCCGGUCUUUCAGGACAGGUUGGUCUUUCAGAUUUUGAAGAAAAAAAAGUUCAGACAAAGUUUUUUUACGGGCUUUUUGGAAAAAGUUAUUAAAACAUUUCUGAAAAGAAAACAGUCUUAAUAGAAUUUUUUAAGAAGUUCGAGAUAAUAGAGCGAAAUCGAAAUAAGAAAAAAUGUUUGUAAUAUUCUUUCAAUUUCAGGUUUUCCUGGUCAACGCCUCGACUAUCCAAAUCUUCAACUUCACUUUCAACGGUCAUCACCCAGGUAACGAUAAAAGCGUUGAUACCUACGGACUUCUGAUUUGACUGCAACAAGACGGGUGAAGGUUAAGAUGGUCGUACUGCAAUUUUUUAUGCUCUACCGCGCCCGCAAUUAUUACCUUUCGCCUUUCCUUUGCCGGUAUUAUGACGGCCAAAUGGUUUUGGCCUUGCUGAUGAGAGUGGUUUUAGAAGAAGAAAAUAGCUGCCACCGUCACAGUUCUCUUUUUAUUGCUAGUCACGGUCAAAAUGGCUGUCUUUAUUGGAUUAUAACCAUUUCGAUUUGAGAGCAGUUAUUCUUCAUUCACUCUUUCUUUCUCUUUCUCUCAAAAAAUCCGCUGGAAAGCAGGAUUUGCGAAUUGGGUCAAGUUAGCAGUAAAAAUUCACAAUCGCGAUAAACCAGAUUGACAUGAAUAAAAAACCAAUUGACCUCGAAAGUAGAUAUAUUUUACAGAUGUCUACUUCUGGCUGGACACGAAAGACGCUCCAAGCAACGAUGGACUCAAAAUUCCGACUUUUGAGUAUGGAAUCACGCCGUUGGAUAAGUACGAUCUGCAAGAACGUGUUGUCCUGAACAUCCCGCCGCCUCACAAAAUUGUCGAUAAGACGCAGCCCUUCAAGUCGCUCUCUUUGUAUUCCUAUGCAAAUGAAGUUGGAAAAUGAAACGAAUAUGGGAAAAAAACAAAAGUUUUCAGCACAACUUUGGUUCCAUUGUCAUUCCUGACAACCUUAUCAUUCCGCGUUCUCAGAGCUUCGGCAGCGAAUUGAAAGGAUCGAGGUAAACUCUUUGAUCAUAAAAUUUUAGAGGGCUUAUGAAAAACAAUUGAUAUGCUGAAGUUCUAUGAGUGAUAAACAUUUUUCAGGUACAAUUUGCGCUCGGGGCCCAUCUACGUCGUCGACAAAAGAACUAUCAAGAUUUACGGCUUCACUUUCGAAGGUGAUCGUGCCCCAGGUAUAAUUUAGUUGUGAAUGAGAGUAUUAACUUUUAUCAUCUGUUCCAACCUGACUGAAGGAAUUUUAUGAUGUUUUCAGACACUUACUUCGCAGUUGGACGAGGAACAACCGUCACCUACGAUGCUGGAAUCCGUGUAGCAAUUCGAGGAAAAGACGACGCUGGGUUAGUACCGAUAUGAUUAUCAAACUGAUCACAGGAAAAAAAUGAAAUCAAAAAAUUAAUAUGGCAAAGGGGAUCGAAUGUGAUGAAAAAAACCUGAAGAAAUGAACAAAAAAAUGCGGAUUUUUGCCGAUUUUUGCCAUAGAAAAAGUGAAAGGCCAUGCCUCUUCUUGAAAAAAAUAAAUUCAAAACUUCUCUCGAGCUGUAGAAAUUCCAAGAUUUUUAAGGAAAACUUCACAUUUUUUAGAUGAACUAAAUCGAGGACACAAUUUUUUUGAAAUCCAUAACGAAAAAGGAAUACUUUUCCAGUAAUUUGAACUUUUUGCUCGAGAAAAAAAAACUCACCUUCUUAAGAAUGAAAAUCACCUAUCCCAUCAUUCUUUCUUUCUUUUUUAGUCUUGCGUAGGCAGUUUUCUCUUGAAUCGAACGAGGUGUUUCUCAGAUCUAAAAUCAAAGUUUCUGAGUGAUUGCUAAAAAGAGAUAAGAUGGAACAGUAGACUCUGGAAGUUUGAGAGGGAGGUGAUAAGAGGCCAGUUACUGCAAUAGAAACGGCUCUCUGCAAUCGCCAGCAAAGAAAAAAAGAUCAACAAUCAUGCCACUAGCCGGCAUCGGACGAUCGCGCCUGUUGCUGAUGCAAAUAAAAAGUUGAGAAGUUCAUUUGGGUUCAGAGGAAUCCAGUUCGAAGACACUUCUGUCUCAGAUAACAGCUUUUUAUAUGACUCUCAUAUUUUAGUUCUAGUUCUAUGAGUUGCUACCCAUCAUUCAACGUCAAUUCCUCUGAUUAAAAAUUUGUAAGCGUAAUACUAAAAAAAUAGUAUGAAAAAUUUUUCCGAGAAGCAUUCAAAACUAAAAAAAUUAGAUUUUUUUAAUCCUUGGGGUCCAGAAAUUAUUUUUUAGAAACGCUUUAGCUUAUUCUUUCCAUGAGGCAGAGUACGAGUAAACCUUUAUUUUUCUUACUCUUUGUACCCCCCUUUGAGAAAGUUUUUAUCUUAUUUUACCGCCCUCUUCCAUAUGACUUUCAAGUUUUAAUGACGGCUUAGCGAUAAAAAAAUAGAAACCCUUCAGUUUUCGCCUUUGGCUUCUAAGAGCUUUUAUAAUCGAAUAAUUUUUUUCCUUGUUCCUGUUUUAGUUUAGUCAAGUCCACUUCAAGCAAGAAGUCUGCGAACCUAUUUGAUGGAACUUAGGUCCCACUAGUGCCACACAAAACUCACGUGAUAUGCCGCUGUUUCUUCUAUGCUUCUUGAACGUUCUUUAACCUUGGCUAUCUCUCAAGAUGCAAAAACCUUCCCACUUUCUUGCUGACUUUUAAGAUAUUCUGUCGUUCGUCAGUUCAUUCUGCAACUCAUUUCAUCGAGGCUUUCCAGAUUUUCUAAUCAUUCCAAAUGCGGGUAAACUUGUUCGGCGUGAGAAUCCGAUACAAGCAAAGAGAUCUCGAGAGAUUCUGUACAGUAUUUCUGUUAGUGGCUAUCACGUGAGUGUUCUACUUUAAGCGUCUGGAGAAAUCAUGUGACAUGUCAAUAAAAUAAGUGAUUUGACUGGAUCACGUGAGAUCAUCUCGUGGACGAAACGUUGUGUUUUUAUCUAAGCUGGAAACGUUUUGUCUUCCUUUUGAGAAGCCUGGAGAAACUUAUUUUGAAGCAAAAAAAAGCUAUCAAAACAUUAAAAAAAUGGAUAGUUUAGGUCCAGCUGACCUGCAACUAUCGACAAAAAUCUAAAAUAACUGAAUAAUGAUUUUUGCUUUCAGAAUCACCCAGAUAACGGACAACUACCGUGGAGGCACAGACAUCGUCCUCGACCUGCCUGAGGACUACGACAUCCACCACAUCGACUGGCUCGCCGUCUACUGCUACAAGUACCGCGUCAACUUCGGUCACGUCACCGUUCCUUCCAACAUCUCCAACCAGAUUCCGCCUUACGUUCCACGCCAGAAACGAGUUAGUUCCUUCAAGAUCCCCAACUAUGAUAAUCCUCCACGAUAUCGCGUUUGUUAUGAGAAUUGAUGGGCACGCGGCGGUAGGUUAGAUAUGCAAAACGCACUAGCGCCUUGUCAUGUUUGACCUUCUGUGUCAACCCAACAGACGAUAAGAUGGACUUUCUGAGAUUUUCUCUUGUUUUUUCAGGGAGAUGACCAACCGACUCCUCCUGAUUCUUGGCCUAGACAGGUGCUUCUUGGAACCAACGCUCGCAAGAACUUCACCUUCCAGCUGGGUCACAGUGGAGGCGAGAAAGGAUACAAGGUAAAUGCGAGUCAUUGAAGAAAUUUUACUACAUGACCUACAAUAAUAAGAAGUUGAUGUUCCAAAUAGGAGUUAAGCAAUAUUUUAAAGAGUUUGCUCUCCGUUUUUCGUGAAAAUUGAAAAAUUUGGUUUGGAUUUCAUAAAAAAAGGUUUUUGAUUCCAGGAAUGGGUUUAUCAACAUUCUAAAAGUGAGAAAUGAACACGGAUAGGAAAGGACAAUAACAAUAAGGAAAACUGAAACUGAACUUUGAAUGAAAUACGAUACGAUACGAUGUUUCUUCCAGGCUUACUCUCACAUGCGAACUGGCAAGUAUGUGUGGUACGUGAACGGUCUGAUGUCGCCCGACCUCUACUUGAAGCGAGGAGAAACCUACAACUUCUUGUUAGUUUUUCAAGGCUUUGUGUGUUUCAUUUUUGGAUUCAGCGUCGAAGGAGGCAAUGAACCUGAGACAAUCAACCUCUACAACCCGCUCUAUGUUUCCGCUGACCGUGAGGGUGGUUUUGACAAGCUUUCGAAAGAAGAACAGCAGGUUCGAAAUUCCGACGUUUCACUUGUGAAUCCUUUUUCUUUCAGAAAAUCGUGUUUUACACCGACGGCGAUGCGAAUUCGCAUGCUGGAAAACUUUGCGCUUGGUCUAACGAAGGUAAUUUGUCGAUUGAGAAAAUUUGAAGCAUUUUCUCGUUUCAGAAGUGAAUCCGGAUGUCUUUUCCACUUUCAACGAUUUCCGCAAAUCUUUGAUUUUGAACUGCGAUCCCGGAACCCAGCGAGGAUUUCUCCAGUUCACUUCCAACUCCACUACUCCUGAUGUUCUCUACUACCAGGUGUGUGUCAGGAGAUAUGAGAAACGUAAAGAUUUUUAAGAAAACCAAAAAGACGUAAAAUCUCACAUACUCUAAUUUUUUUUUCCCGAAUAACUACAUAAAAAAAUUUUUUUUGAUUUUACUGCAUUGAAGAAAUCUCAAUUUCAUGAAAAAAAUUUUUAACUCAACACUUCCGUUUUGAAUGAAAAACUUUUGUAGAAAAAUAAUCUUUCUGGAGCAAAAAAAGAUCAAAACGUUCCGAAACUUUUCUGUUUGAAAAUUCUGUGAAGAAACAAUUUCAGAGCUCUUCGAACUUCAAUAUGGGCGGAAGGAUCUUCAUCGUCAACGAGAUGCCGCAAAACGUCACUGACGUCAUGGAAGAGCCCUUCGAGUACGAGGAAUACCUGAAGAAGCUGGACAAGACUUCGGAGAUCAACUCCGCCGUCGUCAAGUUCAUCUUCCUCAUCUUCUCUCUGGGUUUCGCUCCCCUCCUCCUCUAA